AGUGGGAGAGCAGCACGGCCUCGAGUCACCUGGCUCUCAGCUCCGGGUCCCCGAGCCCCGGCGGCAGCAUGAACGGCGAGGAGCAGUACUACGCGGCCACGCAGCUUUACAAGAACCCGUGCGCGUUCCAGCGGGGCCCCGCGCCGGAGUUCAGCGCCAGCCCCCCUGCUUGCCUGUACAUGGGCCGCCAGCCCCCGCUGCCGCCGCCUCCAUUCCCCAGCACCCUGGGCGCGCUGGAGCAAGGCAGCCCGCCGGACAUCUCCCCGUACGAGGUGCCCCCGCUUGCCGAGGACCCCACCGUGGCACACCUCCACCACCACCUACCUGCUCAACUCGCGCUACCCCACCCGCCCGCUGGGCCUUUCCCGGAUGGAGCCGACCCAGGAGCCCUGGAGGAGCCCAGCCGCGUCCAGCUGCCUUUCCCGUGGAUGAAGUCUACCAAGGCUCACGCGUGGAAAGGCCAGUGGGCAGGCAACGCCUACUCCGCAGAACCCGAGGAGAACAAGCGGACGCGCACCGCCUACACCCGCGCGCAGCUUCUGGAACUGGAGAAGGAGUUCCUAUUCAACAAAUACAUCUCUCGACCCCGCCGGGUCGAGCUGGCUGUCAUGCUGAACUUGACGGAGAGGCACAUCAAGAUCUGGUUCCAAAAUCGCCGCAUGAAGUGGAAAAAAGAGGAGGACAAGAAGCGCGGCUGUGGAACCGCAGCCGGGGGUGGCGGGGACGGGGAGCCCGAGCAGGACUCUGCGGUGACCUCCGGCGAGGAGCUGCUGGCGCUGCCGCCGCCGCCGCCGCCCCCCGGGGGAGCUGUGCCACCCGCUGUCCCUGUUACAGCUCAGGAAGGCCGACUGCCGCCAGGCCUUAGUGCAUCACCGCAGCCCUCCAGUGUCGCGCCCCUACGGCCCCAGGAACCCCGGUGAGAGGUGGGGGCUCCUCCCUGCCAGAGGCUUUGACCACUCACAGAGGAGGAGGGAGCAGGCCUAGGACCCCAGGUGUGGACCCCAGCCCUGGCUGUUUGAUGGGGCAGGUGCUUCGGCUCCCGCCCCAGGUGGGAGGGGAGCGGCUGCGCUCUCAGGUGCCUGUGCCAACUGGGGCGGGUGGGGAAACGCCGGUUGACCUUCCAGAAGAAGGGACCCUUUUCUGUAGAUCUGAGUCUUCUUCGAGUGAUAUUGUUGGGUCGACCUCCUCUGCCACUUGUUGGGCAGGUCCCAGCACUCCAGAACCAGGGACGCAUUUAGAGAAACCAACUCUUCAAAAGACAGCAACUGUACUAAUUGGAACAUUCUCCCAAACACAAGCCAACUAAAUGGUGUUGCCUGUAUGUGCUCAGAAAUAGAGACAUUUCGAUUCAGGCGUCUGCCUUAACAUUUAGAAAUAAUUAUAAGGAAAUGUCAGAGGUUUCAAAGACCCAAUGAAAUUGAUGCCCUUGGACUUGAAUAAUUUCUUUCCCCCUCCUUCUCCUUUCUCUUAAAAUCCAUUUAGCACAGCAACAUACUCCCCCAGAACACACCCCAACUUCACCCUGCAUGUCUUCGCUCUGAAGAAGAGAUAUUACAAGGGAAGCUGAGCCGCAGCAGGGCUGGGGCACAGGAGCAGGGCGAGAGUCCCUGUGUACCCCUCGGUCAAACGGUUCCAGAGAGAGUGGGAGAGAUGGGUCUGAGCCAAGGGGUUUGAGGACGAAAGAUGGACCCCCGAGUGAACUUUCUAAUGAGGAUGUGGAUUUAGUUCCUGGUCUCAGGGCAGAGAGGCUGUGUGGAAGGCAAGCAGGGUUGCCCAACCCACUUUGGAAUCGAAUCACAGAGCCAGUAUGAUUCCCACAUCUUUAGAAAUGAUAAAAACUCCUGUGUUUGAGGAGGUGGGAAACUGGUUAUUUUAAUUUAAAGUUGUGAAUUUACCUAACAGUUCUUUACAAACAGGUCUGUGGUUUCCAGGUCAAUUUUGGUUUGAAUGCAGGUGAUAUUUGUGGGAAAUGUUUAAUAAAUACAGAUAACAUGGAAAGAGAUGAAAA